AUGGCACAGGGGGGCUAUCAGCUGGAUUAUCAUAUCCUGCAGGACCUCAAGCAGCGCUUCCCCGAGAUCCCGGAAGGAGUGGUGUCACAAUGCCUUUUGCAGAACAACAAUAAUCUGGAUCUCUGCUGCCACCUGCUGGCCAAGGAGAGUAAUCGAUACCUCUAUGGAGACUUCCAUCACAGUCCAGAGGAGGCACGCCGGGGUCAAAAUCACAUGCUGCACAUAAGCCUGGGUCACCCAGGUUCAGAAGUAAAGAAGCCAAAUGGAGGACCUGGGCGCUCCCUCGUACACAGCACAAGUGACAGUCACAUUGAACCACAGAGACCAAGUUACCCUGAGCCACUGUCUGCCCCUGCCACCAUGGCCCCCUCUCCGGUUUACAAUCCUUUUUUCAUUAACGACCCGAGCCGUUCAGCCAGCACUCCUACCCCUCCGCCAACUAUUCAGGGUAUGUCCCCCACGUUCUCCUCUGCCUCACGGUAUACUAUGAACCCUAUCACGGUUACGAUUCCGCAAAGUAUACCCAAUGCCCCGCAGGCUUUGCAAAUAACCCCGGGGCACUAUGGUAACAGCAGCAACACCACCCAUUAUAUUCGGCCCUCACCAUCCCAGAGCCCACAGCCACCACCUUGGUCCUCAUCGAACACCUCUGUUUAUCAGCAUCAACAGUCUCCGUAUAGCACCCCCACGUAUGGCUCGCCUUACAGCUCUCCCCAGCAUCAACCCCAAACCCAGCAGACAUCCCAGCACCAGCAAUAUGUCUUCCUCCCAAUUACCUCGCCAACCCUUCCCAGCAUGCCCUACCACCACCCACAACAACCACAACAGCAGCCCCCUCUUUACAGGCCCUAUCAUGCUAAAAGCUCCCUUAAGAACCAGAUGGAGAUUACUCUGGAAGGCCCACGGCCUCGCAGCAACUCCCCUGUCCACACUGCCCACCCCCAGGGAGCACUUUAUAUCGCCACCAGCCCCUCACCCGGCUCCCCUUCGAGGGGCGUCACGUUGAGCGGAACUACCGGAGCGUCACCCUAUCAUGCCGGAAUAUACCUGCAGCCUCGGCCUACGGCCUCACCUCAGCCAGGCCAGUCAGCCUACACCUUUAGAUGCAAAGUAUCCCCCGGAGGGCAGGCCCAGAGAGCACCCAGCUCUCCUCCCGUGGCAGAGGCGGAAUCACUGCUCAACAUUGUCGACCAGGGGGCCACCAACGCUGCCCCUCCACCCAUCCUCCCCAUCUCGCUUUUACCAGGGAAUGUAACUCGACAGUUGCAACAGAUGCCUCGACGGUCAAGCUCAGGCUCAGAUGACUAUGCCUACACACAAGCUCUACUGCUCCACCAGCGAGCCAGGAUGGAGCGUCUUCGGAAGGAGUUGCUGGUAGAGAGGCAGAAACUGGAGCAGCUCAAGUCGGAUGUCAACAACAUGGAAUACGACGCCCUGCAAAGACGCUUCCGUAGAGUCAGCUCGACCAGCUUUAUUCCCAGACCUGAGGAGAUGACGCGAUUACGGAGUCUUAACAGACAGCUUCAGAUUGAUAUCGACUGCACCCUGAAGGAGACGGAUUUGCUGCAGUCCAGAGGGAAGUUCGACCCACAGGCGAUGAACAACUUCUAUGACAACAUUCAGCCUGGCCCAGUGGUGCCGCCCAAGCCGGGAAAGAAAGAAGGGGAACACUGCCCCAAGGUGGUGGCGGUGCCGCCGAGGGACGAGGACUUCGAAGGUGCUCAGUGGAGCUGCGACAGCUGCACCUUCCUCAACCACCCUGCUCUCAACCGCUGUGAACAAUGCGAAAUGCCGCGUUACACCUGA